CACUACUUUCACACUGUCAAGCAUCAUCCAGUGUAGAGCAUUCACAUUGAGCUAACGACACUAUCCGUGGCCAGCUCUGUCUUUUCGGGGUUGCGUUCCCAUCUUCGUUGUAGUAAGACAGUUAAAUAGAAAAUGGCUCUUUUAACUCCGUUAUUUGCAUUCCUGUACCACCUCCCGCAGGUGUACAAGUGGUUGCUGAAGCCGUACUAUGUAGCAUCUCUCUUCAUGUCUAUAGCCUUUCUAGCUGUUCGCAAGACGCCUGGCAUCUGCGACCAUCUGGCAACACAGCGAGAGGACGGCAAUUCCUGCGACUUCGACUGGAGAGAGGUGGAGAUCCUCAUGUUCCUCAGUGCCAUCGUCAUGAUGAAGAACAGACGGGCGAUAACUGUGGAACAGCAUGUAGGCAACAUCAUCCUGUUCAGCAAAGUGGCCAAUGUUAUCCUGUUCUUCAGACUGGACAUCAGGAUGGGACUGCUCUACCUAACACUCUGCAUAGUGUUUUUGAUGACCUGCAAGCCUCCACUCUACAUGGGACCAGAGUACAUCAAAUACUUCAGUGACAAAACCAUUGAUGAUGAACUGGAAAGAGACAGUCGUGUGACAUGGAUCGUUGAGUUUUUCGCCAACUGGUCUCCAGAGUGCCAGUCCUUUGCUUCUGUCUAUGCUGAUCUUUCUCUCAAGUAUAACUGUGCUGGCCUCAAGUUUGGCAAAGUUGACAUCGGACGUUAUGGAGAUGUUUCCAAGAAGUACAAGGUGUCGGCGUCUCCGCUAUCCAAACAACUGCCCUCCUUAGUGUUGUUUCAGGGAGGAAAGGAGGUGAUGCGGCGCCCCCAAGUGGACAAGAAGGGUAGAGCCGUGUCGUGGAGCUUCACUGAGGAGAACAUCAUCCGGGAGUUCAACCUGAACGAACUCUACCAGAAGUCCAAGAAGCUCAACAAGACCAAAGGAGACAAGGUCAGCCAAUCCCAGUUCCCGGCGGUUCCUGAGGAGGAGGAGCCAGAGCAGCAAGGAGCCGAUAGCCAGGAGCACGAGUCUGAGUCCAAAAAGGACAAAUAGGGUGGCUUGUGUCACUCAGCUUGGACUUCCGUCCUCCUCAAAGUGUUCGGUUUGCUUACUCGUGAAUCACAACAGGAUUGGUGUUGCUGUGGAUCAUCAAAGAAAUUGUUUGUGUUUUUUGACCUUUCAGAGCCCAUGUGAGGGCCUGGAUGUUCCAACUAUUUGACACAUGUGCAGCUACAGUGACCCCAGUCCAUUUUUCCUUUAUUAACAACAAAAAGAACAAGUGUAGACUUUAGAAGAGGAGCAAACUAGGAUACAGCGGUCUUAAUGUUAAAAUGUGGUGCAGUAUAUCAGAGUAAGACCUGGAAACGUGUGGCGCAGAGUCUGCACCGCACGUUUCUCACGGUCAAGGCUCAGUGUCUGCUAAUAGGAGAGUCGGUUGAAUUUUUACUAAUGAACGGGAAGGGAGCAGUGAAUGUGAUUUUAGAUUUAUUUUUAAUCAUUCUGUGAUUAACUGUUUUUUAAUGUAAACUAAGUUAUCACUCAGUGCUGCACACUAAUUAGUUUUGACAGAAUUCAUUUGCAGUGUUAAAUGGUACAUUCAGUUUUGGUUGGAAGUGAGAGAUGCAGCAUGGGAGCAGCUCGAGUGCGUGAGGUGGGUGGUACACAAAUGUCACUGAAGCGUUUUAUUCCUUUGAUUUGUACAGAUUGUCAAUGCUUUGCAUAUUUUACCUUCAGCAGAUGAACCUUACUGUCUUCAGCUCUCAGUUAGUGUAUUCAUGACUGAGGGUUAGGUUAUAGUGAUGUCCUCUUUCUGAUAGUGAUUAGGUUGCACUUUCUUUGACUUAAUUGAUUUAACUUCUUCUGUUACCAGUAAGUUAACAAAUAUUUUUUUUGUUUUUGGAAACCAGCAGUGUUCUGGCCUCAGCAUCCAGUGGGACCCUAUUAUACAGUUUUUGCAACCUUUUCUGGCCAAGCGUUCUCCCUAAAUUUUUAAUGAUAUUUGAUCUUGUUAUUUCCAGAGCAUGCAGGAAUCUCCAUUUUGAUUCUUGAAGCUGGCGAGAUUUGGAGCAUUCUCCAUUAGUCCUGUCUUUAAGUGCCACUAGAACCUGUUACUUUUUUGCUCAUACUGUGUGGGUUAUGCAACCAGCCAUGUUAGCAGCUCACCCAUCAGUCGGUUUUGGUACAUUGAUGGUCCCAAUAAAGUUUAUAAAAAAUGAAUUUCUUCAGUGCUGACAGUUACACAGUAUCAUGACACUGGUACAGGUAUGGAACUAGAACUGGCUUUGCAUUUAGAUUAUCAAAUGUGUACAUCCUGAAUACUGAACAAACCUUUGAUUCUAUAAACGUGUGAUUAGCAUGAUGAUGAACUAACAGCAUAUAUGCAGAUGAGUCACCAUCACAUUCCGUUGUCUGAGACAUUCACUUCACUUGUUUUUUUAUUUAUAUUUGAUAUUUCUUGCCAGUGAGCUGCUUCUCCUGGUCUUCAAUUCAAUUUUCCAACCUUUUUUCUGAGUCUUGAGAACAUUCCCAAUCAGAACUGUGCUUUUCCCAUUGCAGUUAACUGGUAAACACCUGCACAUAAACUGUUGAGACACUGUGAGUUUAUUCCUUUAGUCAUUAUUUUAUUACUAAAACCGUUUUGUUAUGUAUUGUACACUUAGUUUAAAAUUGACUUGUCAUGUUGUAUUUGAUUUGAGCUGCAUUCCAUUGCCUUGUAUGUUUAUUUUCUGUAUGUGAAAGACAAAGCCUGCUUAAAACACCUCAGAGAAGUCAGGCCUUUUUUGUUAUUCAUGCAAUAAAACAAUGUGCACAUGAA